AUUUUGUCGGAUUCAACACUAGAAAUUGGAUUCUUCGUGGUAGAUCAGAGAAGAGAGAUUUCGUUGAUGGCUACCAUCGUCGUCUGCGACGGCGAAGUAGAAGGUGGAGGAGGAGAUGUUGACGGUUGCGAUGGCGAGAGAAGCUUGGAUCUGUUACCGGCGGCUCUGUUGGAGACUAUCAUGACGAAACUCGACGUUGCGUCUCUCUGCUCGUUGGCAUCGACUUGUAAAACACUUAAGAGCUGCGUCACUCGUGUCCUCACCUUCACUCCCAACUUCCAUGUCUUCAUUGAUGCAAAAAAAAAAAGAGGGAAAAAGUUUCUAUUUUGAUCUCUGCUACUUUGGAUUUUUGGGUUUCAGAAUGUUUCCUUGUCAAUGGAAACUGUUAGGCCAUUGUUGUUUCCGAAUCAAAAACUCUCAAGCCUCAAGCUUGAUUGUGGACGGCUUGGGAAUUCAGCAAUUGACAUAUUGGUGAGGCCUUCUCUGAAGGAGAUUUCUCUUCAGAACUGCCGGGAUUUCAGCGGGGAUCUGAUCUCUGAAAUUGGAAGGAAAUGCAAGGAUUUAAGGCUCCUCUGUUUGGGUUCAGUGGCAGAAAAAGUUGGCCGAACCAUUAGUCGUUGUGCUCUGGAGGAUUUACUGAAUGGUUGCUCGCAUUUAGAGGUCUUAGCACUCAUGUUUGACCUCUCAUUGUAUCUGCGUCCUGGUGAUGGUCGCAUUUUUGGAUUGGUUUCUGAUAAACUCACACAUCUGGAGCUUGGACACAUCUCGUCAAGGAUGAUGACUCAACUACUCACAUCAACUGAAAUGUCGGGGCAAGAUAGCAAUCGAGUUUCAUCUACCGUGCUCCAGAAUGUCCAGCAGUUACGCCUCUCUGUGGAUUGUAUUACCGAUGCUGUGGUUAAGGCAAUAUCAAAAUCUCUUACGUCGUUGAUAGAUUUGGACCUAAGAGAUGCACCCCUUGAGGAUCCAAGGCAAGUAUCAGACCUCACGGAUUUCGGGCUUCAGGAGAUAAAUCAAAAUGGUAAGCUGAAGCACCUGUCUCUAAUCCGUAGCCAGGAGUUUCACCCUACUUACUUCCGGCGAGUUAGUGAUCAAGGAAUGCUUUUUCUUGCUGACAAAUGCUUGAGCAUGGAAAGCAUCUGUCUUGGUGGCUUUUGUCGGGUAACAGAUGCUGGUUUCAAGACUAUUCUACACUCUUGCGCUAGCCUCUCCAAGUUUAGCGUAUAUCAUGGACCUAAACUGACGGAUCUUGUUUUCCAUGACGUCUUAGCAACUACUCUAUCGCUUAGUCACGUUAGCCUGAGAAGGUGCCAUCUCCUUACGGAUCACGCAAUUCAAAAGCUGGCGUCGAAUUUAAAGCUGGAGAACCUUGAUUUAAGAGGGUGCAGAAACAUCAGGAAUGAAGCUUUACAAGCCAUCUCUGAUCUACCAAAACUGAAAGUUUUACUUCUUGAUGGCACUGAUAUAACCGACACAGGGCUUUCAUACUUGAAAGAGCGAGUUUUGUGCUCCCUGGUUUCUUUAUCUGUGAGAGGGUGCAGAAAUCUAACAGACAAAUUCAUGGCCACUUUAUUUGACGGAUCCUCAAAGCUAGCGCUGCGUGAACUCGACUUGUCCAAUCUUCCUAAUCUGACAGAUGCUGCCAUUUUUGCUCUGGCCAAAUCCGGAGCUCCGAUCACAAAACUCCAGCUAAGAGAAUGCAGACUCAUAGGGGAUCCCUCGGUCAUGGCUCUUGCAUCUACACGGGUUUACGAAGACGAAUGUCCAGGAAGUAGCUUGUGUUUGUUGGACCUUUAUGACUGUGGUGGCAUCACACAACUCUCAUUUAAAUGGCUAAAGAAACCGUUCUUCCCGAGGCUUAAAUGGUUAGGGAUCACAGGAAGCGUGAACAGAGAUAUUGUAGAUGCUUUGGCAAGGAGACGACCUUACUUGCAGGUCUCUUGCCGCGGAGAAGAGCUGGGGAAUGAUGGAGAAGACGACUGGGACUCUGCAGACAUACACCAACACAUAGAAGCACAAGAAGACGAACUUGAACAGUGGAUUCUAGGAGACGAAGGUGAUGUUGAAAUGGAAGAUGCAGAAGACGAGAGUGAAGAAGACGCAAGUGAAGAAGAAGACUGAUAAUACUGAAACUAAUACUUCGGUUAAGAGGUAUGCUAUUUCAUACGUAUUCUAGCUAUCCGUAUAAGCUAUAUAUGUAACACCAAUUUUCUUCAUAUUUAGCCACUUUUCUUUAGGUUUUAGUUCUUGUAAUGAUUUUUUUUUUCCUGAAUUGUUGUUGUUGUUGUUGUUGUUAUUGUUCUAAUCAUUUUAUAUUUCUUAAACUUUACUUGAUUAUUUGAAUUAAGUAUAUCUAGUGAGAGUGUUGCGUU